AUGGAACUACCAUACCCCUUUCGCCACCAGAGCGGCGGAGCUGAUGUAGUUGUACAGAAUGGUGCUCAGCUCGUAGUGGUAGUGGAGGCAGCUUCCGUCCGAACCGGUGGUUCCGUGCUGCGGGCUUGUACAAAAACCAUCAACAUCGCCAUUGCCAUCAUCAUCUUCGUCGUCGCCAUUGUUACUGCUGUUGCUCCUACCGUCGUUGUUAUUUUUGUUGUUGCUGUUGUUGGUCUUGGUCUUGGUCUUGGUUUUGGUCUUGUAGUUGCUAUUAUCCCCCACUUUCUUUCCUUCGCCUUCUCCCUCCUUAGGACUCCGGGGGCCGGCAGAACCAUGACAGCCGGAGGUCGUUCCAUAGAACAAAGGAGAACACCAUCAUCGCUGUGGGUGGACAACGGGAGCCGAGCCGGUGGUGGGUCCGGAGCUGAAAGCGGCCGAUUUGGACCAUUGUUUCACCUUCAACUGACUUCUUGCCGGUGCUCCUUUCCGUAA